AUGAAACAUACUGCAUAUUCUACAUCUAAUUCAUGUAACUUUUUGCAAGAUAGUAUCACAAUCAAAAUCUCGUUAGAGCUGCAGAAUGCUUCUGGAAUAACAUAUUUUACCAUACCGCAGCCAGUAAUCAGUGAUGAAUUAUAUUUCCUUAUUAUGUUUAUUAGUCAAGGUAUUAUUUGCCAAGCUAUUACCGUACUUGGGAUCUUCGGUAAUAUAAUUAACUGUAUUGUUUUUGUGAAACAAGGCUUCUCAGAUAAUAUUAACGUAAGUCUUUUGGGCCUCACUAUCUCAGAUCUGUGCUCUCUCAUCUGUAUAAUGUGGACUUGUCUGUUUUUUAGCCCUGUUGUAAGAGAUACUGAUUUAUUCUCUCCAGACGUGCAUAUUUUAUCAGGUACUUGGCCUCAUAUUAUAUUCACAAGAAUUACGGGAUGGAUAACAGCGUUUAUCAGUCUGGAGAGAUGCGUCUGUGUUAUUAAACCAUUAAAAAUCAAAACGAUGUUCACAAGAAAGAGACAUUUCAAUGCAAUGAUA